AUGGAAACGGCGCAGGCCGCGGCCGCCAUCUUCGCCUCCAUCCUCUUCGGCAUUAUGGGUCCAUCACUGCCACUCUCAGCCGAAGGCAUAGGCCCCGGCUCCAUACCGACCAGUCCCGCCACACUCCCGCGCCAGCUCAAGACUGGACUGGGCUGGCCCUCGGCUCCACCUCCGCCACCUGCACCACCAUCGCCGCUUCCUCCUGUGAUGCCCUUCGGUGACAGGCAACAGCUCCUACUCCUGUGCGACCGCCUAUGCCGGCUGCUAAUGCGGGUGUGCAGGCUGGAGCCGCGAGACCGGCGGCGCUGUUGGGAGAUAUUCAGUUGA